UUGCUGUUGCUAGUGGGUGAGGGGUUGGGGUUGGGUAAUAACCCUUGGGGCUUUUAUAGCUGUUAUGGUGGCUAUAUGCUUGGCUUCACGCUGUAAUAAAAUGAGCUGCAAACCAAGAGAAAUGCGGGUUUGAAGCAAACCAUGUGACCAUGGGAACUCUUUACUUCCAUCUUAUUCACAGGCUUAGAAAUGUGGUUGUUGACAUCUCUAUUGUGGUGUGGUCAAUAUUCAGUAUAGGCCUUUAUUAGGAUCCGAUCAGCCUGAGGGCGAUUCCGAUCGCUCUUGUCUCCUUCACGAUAUUUUUCUUUCUUUAUUUUGCUGGAGAUAAAUGCCAAACAAAAGGUAAACGAAAGGAGGAACCAAACAAUGCAUACAGCCGCAUGCACACAACCAGUGCGGAUUGAUACCCUCAGUGUGAAUGUUCAUUUCAACAGACAACCGCUGAAGAAUUUUGAUUGACAAUAUAAGAUUAACAGACCGCUGUCCCACAAAGCAUCGGUCCUCUUGUUAUGCUGUAGAAAUUAAUAUAAGUAGGGCCACAAAUGACGUGCAGAGGACGCACACGCGCACACACAAACACCUCUGCACCGUCGACUCAUUUGUCAACGCAGCUCCCAGGGGAGGGGGCAGCUGUGCGCGAGCUCAGGUCUGUAUAGCUGCCAAAAUCAAUGCCAUAUAGGCUGAAACAUAGCCCCACGUGCCACUGUUUAGAUAAAAACCCAUUUGAAUUCAACAUUUAAACUGCGAUUUAGCCCCUAGGUCCCAAAGCCGAAUAAGAGAAGAAGGGAAACUUAUUCUGUGACCAGCCUAAUCGUCUUUGAAUUAUUUACGGACAAGCUACAGCUGACUUUUGUCAGCAUUCGCAAAUGGUACAAAAAGUACAGGCCAAUCCACACUGUUAUCAGACAAAUAUCAAAGAUUUAGAAAUGUGGAGAAAUUUCUUUCCUCUCAAAAGCAAUAUAGGCCUGCAAUAUGAAUAUAAAUUCGGUCUUUGUGCAGAAUAAAAAUAAUAUACCACGUUAUUGUUGUACACGUCACUAACGUUCAAAGUCACGAUUAAUAAAAAGCUUCCUGCAGCAUCACAAACUCUGUCUAUUUAAAAAAGAAUUAACAGCUACUUGAAACCCUUUUAGAGUCAAGUGUCGGGUAUUAUCCGAGCUUGGAGUUCAAACAGGUAUGUUCCCUUCUUCUGGUUGUUAUUACCUGAUCCUCUUACAAGAUCCCUCCGCUUUGAAGCAUCUGCGUCUUUGAUUCGUCUUCUAAGACUCCAAUUAAGGAUAUAGGCUGUGGGCUCCCUGAACUGUUCAAAGCAUCGCAGAAAGAUCAAUGAAGGGAUUGACAGUCAAGUGAUGUCGUUUGCACAGGUGUGUGUGUGUUUGUGUGUGUGUGUGUGUGUGUGUGUGUGUGUGUGUGUGUGUGUGUGUGUGCGAGCGCAGUAAACGCGAGACUGGGUUACACAGAACAGUGGCAAUAAAUCAACAGCCAAGUGCGAAAAUUACGCAAAUGGGGGCUUUCCCGGCUCUCUCUCCCUGUUUAUGCAGCCGCACCUGAUCAUUUCGGGCUGUGGGCGUGGGGCUGUAAGCGUUGAGUGUACGAUGGCAAUAUCACUUUCACGAUGGCUGACAUAAACACACUCUCGCUUUCUUUAUAUGUCCAGUUUACACACACAAGUUGCUGCUGAGUUGCGCACUGCCUUACGGGUCUCAUAUAUACUCAAUGUGCUCAAUUUGGGAUUGGCCACUACUGAAGUGCCCAAAAGCAAUUAGACAUAGCAUGGGAAGUCGUUUGGUUCCUGCCAGAAAAUCCAGGGAAAAUCUGCCUCCCAGGCUGCUUUUUUUCAUUAGCAGUUUUUCAUGUCUUCUAAGGCCCUGUACUUCAUGCACUGAGAGGCUACUGUGCAUUGAAGAUGAGGGAGAGCACGAUGUGCUGAGGGGUUACGCGCACGUUCAAACGGAUCCAAGAAUAAUUCACAAAGGAGGGGGAUCCGGGCGCAUUUGCAUAAAAAGGCAACUUGGGGUGAAUUUCCCUGGAUGAUUUAUUGUUGCGUUCUCUCGCUGAGAAUAUCACCGGCCUCACUGCGCUACAAGCAGCUUCUGGAAGACCUGACAGCGGACGGUUCCGCAGAAAUAAAAGGCAGAAGUGAAUUUAGAGAGAGAGAGAGAGAGAGAGACAUUGGACCACCUUCAAGUGCUCCGGAGCGAAGGGGAGUAUCCCGAGGUGAGGAGGAAAGAGAGAGGGAUGCAGAGAGCAGGAGAGAGGGAUAUAUAGCAGCUAGUGGAAAAGAAAAAAGGGACACGAGCUGCUGCACACACCGAGAUAACGCGGGAGUUGGUUGGAUGUCAGUUAGAAAUCAAUUUCAUUAACGGUGCUGGUGACUGCGCAAAAACGCGCUCCAAUUGGGCAUUUUCUCCGCCCGCACGCUCAACUUUUUUUAUUUCUCCUAUUUCACAACUCACACCGAAAUAUUAUUUCCAUCACUUUGGAUCACGAUUUGGAUCUCCCGAGCACUAAACCAGAUCUGGUUUUUCUCUCUGUGAUGGGGGCAGCGGCGGAGGUUGGGAGCUUCGUCAACGGAUUUCUGGACACCUUUGGCCCCGCUGGUGCCGCUCCGGCUCCCGUCGGCUCUCAUUUCGUACUCACCCCAGCCGGGUCACUGGAUUACAACUCAGUGGGUGGACUGAUUAUGGGGGGAAAGGGGCAGCAGCGGGAACACCUGGUGUCCGCAGAAAGGCUGUCCCGAAGCUUAGCGGAUCUCAGCCAUCUGAAGGGGAUUCUGAGGCGGAGACAGCUUUACUGCAGGACCGGCUUCCACUUGGAGAUCCGUCCGGACGGCACCGUACAGGGUACAAGAAAGGACCACAGCAGAUUCGGUACGAAUCCCUUGAGAUUUACCCUCAAAUUAUUGUAAUUGGAAGCCUUUUUAUGUGUUAGCAGCCUCAUAGCAUUGCCUGUUGUACAAUGUAAGCAAAAUGAGUUGGUAUAAUUGUUAGUGGAGGCACUGUAUAGAGGGUUUUAUAAUGCAGAGAGAAAGAAAAAAGACUAAAAGACAGGGGGAAGUGUUUUUUUAUUCUCUGGUUUCGUUAGGCUACAUGUAGUAUGUAGACUUAUAAAUCAUUCAAAUGAUUAAAAUCUACUUUACAGGGAGAUAGUGCCAACCCUCCCACUCACAGGAGCAACUUAUCAAGUAAACAACUGAUAAAAUCAGAUAAUCAUAUCCAUGGUACACACAUACAGGUUACAUAGUCUUAAUAAAAGAAGACCACUGGGGGGAUAUGUUUGGGCUGGGCAGCUGUUGCACCUCUGGCCGCUGAUUUAUUCUGCUGAAAACUUAGACUGAACUUCAGGCCAAAAGCAGUUCAAGACGCUAAGACUUGUCAAAGUCAGCUUUGUCAGGUAUGCACUUGGUUACACAGUGCUGUUUUUUUUUUUGGGCAGGAAAUUUUGGACAAAACAUUCACAUAAAAAAUUGGCCCAGAUUCUGUGUAUACACAAGCAAUUUAGAAAAAGGGAUAUCAAAACAACAGCAGUAGUGUGUUCAGUACUUGCGAGCUGCUGGUUUGGUGAAAAAUUAUGUUUAUUUGUAUCACCAGAUGAAACUGCAUUGGGUUGAAUCUACUUCCUUUGAAUUGUUUCUGACAAAAGCUCUGCAAAUUUGAUUUUAUGGUUCUAAAAUGAUGUAAAAUGUGUUGGUGUACAGGUAUUUUGGAGUUUAUCAGUCUGGCUGUGGGACUGGUUAGCAUCAGAGGGGUGGACAGUGGUCUCUAUCUUGCCAUGAACAGCAAGGGAGAGCUGUAUGGAUCGGUGAGUUCACACAGUGUGCUAUGUACCAAAUCUUAACCAGUAUACUGUGUAACACAGUCACAUCAUUCACCCCCCUCAUGUUUCUGUCUACAGGAGAAGCUGUCAGCAGAGUGUGUAUUUAGAGAGCAAUUUGAAGAAAACUGGUACAACACCUACUCAUCGAACAUCUACCGGCAUGGAGAAAAAGGUGCAUUUUAUUUUGUUGCAUUGAACAAGGACGGUACGUCCCGGGAUGGGACAAGGUCAAGGAGACAUCAGAGGUUUACUCACUUCCUCCCAAGGCCUGUAGAUCCAGAAAGAGUCCCAGAGCUGUAUGGGGACAUACUGGGCCAGAGCUGAGACUGAAGGGACCAAACCAUGGCCUUGUUUGAGCUGAGUGCACGUUAGUCCAACCCUUCUGUCGGAGUGGGAAAAUCUUGGAUUGGAUGAAAACAGGAUCAUCAAAAGUGUAUCAAAUCACUCCCCAACCUGAGCACUGAGGAAGGAAACAGACCCUCUCUGUAGCAAAUGAGGAGUGGAGUUUGACUAAAUGGCACCAGGGAUGUAAAGGGCCAAGAUGGAUGGAGGUGCUACUUUGCCCCCAGUGUUGCCACUUCAUAGGCCUAUGCAAAGUCCCUGGUGGCAACCAGAUGUCAUAUUUUGUUAUUCUGAUUGAUCCAACCACCUGCUCAUCCAAAGUGCAUGUGCAAGAGGACAAAGGUGUAGGAACUAAAAGGUGAGACAAACAACUGGCUGCUUGUAACUUUUUAUUCCCACAGCUGCUUGGUCAAUUGUACUGUUUUCAAUUGACCUUUUAAUGUAAUCUAAAACAGCUUUCAAAAUUGUACUAUCAUUUAUAGAGUGGCUGCUUCACAUAAAAAAAGUACUUUUAUGCACCGGAAGACAGCCAUGUCUUUGUAGGGGAGCAGGCCGGAGAGCAGGGGGAAUAACCUGUAUCACACUGGCUGAUGGAUUUCCUACCAAACCGUUCAAAAGACAGAUGCUGCUCAGAAAAUAUUGUUUCUCUACAAGAUGCAUGUGGAACCAGAGAAGAAGAAGAGAUGCAAUGGAGUUUUAUAUGGACUUCUAAAGAGGAACACUGGGUGUUCUGUUGAAACUCUGCAGAGACUUAUUCCAGAACCCUGUGAAGGAAUUGUGUUGUUCUUCCACUGACAGCAGUCAAAGAUGGAGCAUUGAUGGAGACACCUUUACACACCUGUGGAUGGAUUUUAUUCUUAUUUAUGAGUUUCUGUUUGCCAGGACAUACACUAUAUUUAUUUCAUAUAUUUAUUUAUUUUGAGAGUAUAUUUUUACAGGUAUGAGAUAAAUAAAAAGAAUAUAAAACAGACACAACAGCUUCAUGUUGUUCCUUGUGUUGUUUUAUGAAAACACAGCUUUCUAUUCCAGCUGCUUGAAGAGAUGCAUUCACACUUUGUACCCA